CUCUCUGUCAAUGCUUGUUGUUGUUGUCGACGGCGCCGCCGUGGGAGGUCAUGUGACUAAGGAGGCGCUAGCUCGCUGGCUUCUACAGACCACGUGACGCCGCCGCCGCUGCUGCCGGUGACGUUGCUUUCCACGGCUGUCAACCCUUCUCCAAGUACGGGGUCUCCGGACUGGGGAGCGCCGCGGACACACCGGCAGCGAUGCAGAUGGGUUGGAAGCUGUUUGUCACCCUCACAUUGUCCCUUAAAGCUGCAGGGUAGAGGCAGUCGAGCAGACUUCACCGUAUCAUGACUCACGUCUGAUCCAUAGAGGGUCUCACUAAAGAGCAAUUUUUCUUUUCGUUAGUCAUUUUCUCUGCUUGGUGUGUCACCUUUGUUGAGGUCAUGGCUGUAUACAACUGAAAUCUGUAUAUAUAAUUUGGGGGGGGGCAAUGGCCGAACCCCGUCGUAUGCAGUUGACUUGUCUGCCGCCUACAAAUCCCCCGAACUCAUCUGCUGUGAAAAGACAAAGAAGCGAAGAGCAGGAGUCAGAGACGCCAGCGGCUGCAACUGUCCGUAUCGCGCUCACCCUAUUUGAGCCGGAUCAGAAACGAUGCCCUGAAUUCUGCUACCCUGAACUGCUGAGAAACCUCCGGGGGGACAGCAGGAAAAGCUUGCAUGGGGAGAAGAGUCAGAAGAAGGUUCUGAACAUACUGAGUGAAGAAGAAGCAGAGAGAAAAGAGGUUGCAAACAUUGCCAGAAGGUUUGAGGAAAAAUAUGGAAACAAGAAGAGGCGCAGGGAUCGUAUGCAGGACCUUAUUGACAUGGGGUAUGGGUACGACGAGUCGGACUCUUUUAUAGACAACUCUGAGGCGUAUGAUGAGCUAGUACCUGCUUCGCUGUCAACCAAGUACGGGGGCUUUUACAUCAACUCAGGAACGCUGCAGUUCAGGCAGGCAUCUGAGUCAGAAGAUGAAGCCUCCAAGGAAAAGAAGAAGAAAUCACCCAAGGUAAAGCUCACGUUACAGGCAUUCUUCCCAGUUGCAUCAAUCAAUGACCUGUUUUUUGUUUUGCUUCUGCCUCCACAGAAAAUUAAGGACAGGGGUGAAAAAGUGAAGAAGAAGAAAAGAGCAGAGGAUAAGAAAUCCAAAAAAAACAAACAUCCAAAGCCAGGAUUCACAGCCUUAAAUGGUACAAAAGAUAAGAAGAAAAAGAAGCACUCUAUCUUUAAGAUGUUGGCGAGAUUUGAGCAAGAGAAAAAUGCUCAAAAAACCAUUAUCACACCACCAACCCCUACUCCCACCGUCAAGCCCUCCGGCAUUAGCCAGCAGCCUACUCUUCCAAAGCCAACUCCACGCGAGGCUGAGCUGACCCCUGAUCCCACCAUGUCGUCUCAUGUGUCUGAGCUGCUCAAAGCUGUCAGUGCCAUAGACUCCAUAAGCGAGAAGCCGAUAGAGAAUGUACCCAACACCCUGCCCGAGAAAAAGCAUGGAGUCCAAGGUGGGACAGCAUCAGAGCAGGCCACUAAAGCACCUGCAUCUCUCCCAGAAGGCUUACCUUUCGCCCUAGAGAAAAGGAUCAAGGAGCUGACAAAGGCUGUAAGAGCAUCAGAGGGUGAAAAGAAAGGUUUGUUAUUCUCCCAGGAGAUGAACAGCGCUCUGCUUGACAUAUAUCUAUUAUCCCGGGAACUGAGCUCCUCUCUCCGUUUGGCAGUCUUCUCACAUCUGGCAUCAGUCUUACCCUGUGGCAAAGACACUCUGGUAAAAUGGGCCACGCGCUUGUACUUGCAUAAGCAGGGGGGUCGGCUACGAGAGCCUCUGCGGAAGCUGAAAGAAGCCGUGGCACGGGCUAUGCCAGAGCAAAUCAGCAAGUACCACGAAGAGUGCAAAGUGUACAACCAAGCAAAAUAUGCCAAGUUACUGGAAGAGGACAAGGAGAGAGAGCAGAAGGCAGGCUCGGCAGAGGAGGAGGAAGGAGAGAAGGGUGGUCGGAAAUCUUCAGGGCCACGCAAGAAGUUCCAGUGGACAGAUGAAAUCAGGCAGCUGCUGAGCCAGCUGGUGCGUACAAAGGUAGAUAUGUUCGAGCAGGAGGAAAAUGGCGUGCCAAGUCUAGAAGAUUAUCUCAAAUCCUUCCUGGAUGGAGAGGUCAAACCACUGUGGCCCCGAGGCUGGAUGCAGGCCAGCACACUCUUUAAAGAGUCCAGGCGUGGGUACCCACAGCUCAGUUCCAUUCUGGCAAAGAACAGGGCAAUGACUGCGCAGAAAGUGAAAAUAAAGGACUCUAGUAACAAGAAUGAAAAGAAACCAGCUUUGCCACCUAAAGAGGCAGCAACAGAUACAGUAGCAACGUCUGUUUCCUCCAAGGACAUGGUUUCUUCCUCCGGCCCUCCUCCAGUAGUAGCAUCAUCUCUCUCUAGCUACACCCAGGACAAUUCCCUUGAUGGAGAUCUCAUCCACAACCCUCCUUCACUUGAUACUGUUUCAGAGCAUUUGACUGCUCUUUCCAGUCGGCCUCCUGCUGCUUGCCUUGACUUUCCUAGCCCCCGAAUAUGCCUGCCAGAGAAACCAGUAGAGGAGAAGAAGAAGCCCAGUCCUCCCAUUAGUGUACAGUUACCAAGAGGGGCUUCCACUGACCAGCCUGUAACUUCAGAAAAGAAAGUCGUGGCACCCAGUCACACUGCAAAGCCUUCUUCUGAUGUCCAGCAAGGAAAGCAGAAGCCUCAUCUUAAUGCACAAGUCAAAACUCUUCAGAUCGCCAGGCCAUCAAUGCAACCUUCUGUGAAGCUUUACCAAAUAAGCAACCAACAUAGCAAGGUUAAUUUAGUGCACCCAGUCCAGAAUGGAAGUCCUAGGGUACCAGUCCUAUCACCUCCCCAGCGACCCUUCACCAAGCCUGCAAUAGUUCAGGGAUAUCAUCCUCCAUCUCCUUUAAACAACCUUACCAGGCCUGCUGUGCCUCCAAGCUCUGUAGGCAAGCUAGCUGGAAAUGCCGGUACAACAAUACAGCAGGUGUAUAGGCCGCCAGUACCCAGAAACCCUGUUCCUCCCAGCAGUAGCUCAGGAAGUUCCAGUAUCCCGAAUUUGAGUCCAAAUUCCUCACUCAAUCCAUCUAUUUCAAACGCGUCUCGUAAUUCCAGCACUCUCCCCACUAAAAAACCACCUCACCCUCCUCAAAAACUGACCCUAAUGGCGCCUCAAGACUCCGGGGUUGGAACACAAGGGGUUGCUAAGCUCCUGACAUCUUCCAUGGUGACAGGAGUGGGAACCGGCACAUCGGCAUCAUCCACCAUCGCUCAGCCCCCAAAAUGCAGCCCAGUCCCUACAAUCCUCACUUCGACACCAUCGCUGACCGUGCUGACUCCAGCUUACAAACCAAAUGGAGGCAAGCUUCCAGGUCCAACCCAAUUGAGUCUCCUGUCGCCCAUCUCCACCUUUCCGCUCCACGUCAUUUCCUUUUCAACUGAUCCGGUACCCAAAGCUGCAGCAUCAAAAGAUGCUAUUGUCACGGGACCAGCACCAGGCACAUUUCAUCAUGGACUUGCAAGGAAUGUGCUGGGAGCUUUGCAUUCCAGCGCUGCUCACCAUUCCUCACAGCUUCCUCGUCCAUCCCUUGCCAACCACAUACAGCCUGGACAGACGGAUGGUGCUCACAUUCACGGAAAAGGCCCAGCAGCCCCUCAGAAGAAGCUCUAACACACGACCAAAUAUAAAUUCUGUAGAAAGACUUGAAGCUUAUCUCUGGGAGUUUUACUGCACUAAAGAUUAGGGAAGCGGCUGAGUGAGCCACUCUCUGCACCCAAUAAAAGCACCCACAGCUGCUCAGGCACUGACAAGCCGCAUUAUUGUGGAUUAACAUUGAUGUGCAUGGAACAACAACAACAACAAAAGAAUAUUCCAUAACAUUUCACCCUUGCUGUCUCAGGGGCAAUUGUGUUCCAUAACAUUUCUCCCCUUUCUCUUGCUUAGUGAAAUGUUAGCGCAGUGCUCGGGUCCUGAGUUCAAUCCCAGCCAGGGCGCUGUCUGCAAUGAGUCUGUAUGUUCUCCCCAUGUCUGUGUGGGUUUCCUCCCAUGCUGUAGAUAAUAAUGAGUGGAUGCUGCCAUAUUGCUUGGUUGAGGCUUUCACUUUCUCAAAACAUAUUGCUGGACUAGUACUGCUGGCACCAAUUUCUGGUGUCGUAUAAUAGAAGAAAGAUGGUGCCACUACUCUUUUGCUCUUCAAGGACAGCGAUGGUUGCUCCCCCUCAUAGUAACAUAGUAGUUGAGGUUGAUAACAGACGUGCAUCUUUCAUUCAAGUGUAUAAAUGCAGCUAUGGGGAACAUGCCAUGUGUCUAUGAAUACAUUCCUUCAUUCAAUAUGGCAGCUCCCAUCCAUAUGUCUAAAUGCAGACAUACAAACAGUAGGAACACUCCUGUUCCCAUUGAGAUUAUACCAUUAUUUACCAGAUUAUACCAAUUGCACUCUAUAGAGCAAGCCAUGCCAAUCAAUGGCGAUAAUAGCUGGCUGAUCCAAUUUGCCGUAUGGAAUUCAUUUGAAAGAAAAUAGGCCACAAUGGGGUUAAUUUCCCGACUGCCAUGGUGCAGUAUAUGGUGGCUUUACGCAUUCUGCAUUCAUACCCGCCCAAGGUUGUCUCUCUUCUCCUUCCUGAACUCUUACACACAACUCUCUUCAUUUAAAGGACAAGUAAAGCUCAUCAAAGGUUCAGGCUAGAAUGGCUACACCUUUUGUUUUGGGCUGACGUACCAGUAUGUUCAAUUUUAGGAUACAGGAAACUUGUGCAAGGAAUUCUGGGAUAUAAGAUUGCAAUAUCGUUGUCUUCCUGAUACUGACAAUCCUUUGGCUGAUAUCAAACUUUCCAGCAAUGAUUGAACAUGGGGGGAGCUCACACUUAGCAUUAGUGUGUGUACGGCAGCUCCUACUGAUUGGUUAAUGCUUGAGCAGUUGAUGCAUAUGAGUAUGCAAUGUGGCCUGCAAGCUGAUAGGAUAUGGACUGGUGUCACUCAAAUGUAUCCCUCCUCCUGGGUAAUAUUCCCAAGUGUUCAGUUGUUGCUGGGUAAGUAGCCUUAAAGGGGCGGUUAACUUUAACGUUAACUUUUAGUAUGUUAUAGAAUGGCUAAUUGUUAUUAACAUGUCAGUUGGUCUUAGUUUUUUCUCUUUUUAUAGUUUUUGAAUUAUUUGCCGCCUUCUCCUGCCUCUCUCCAUCUUUCCAAUGGGGGUCACUGACCCCCCAACAUCCAAAAUUGCUACUCUGUAUUACUCAUUUUUAUAUUAAAUCCUAUUCUCCUAUUUGUAUUCCAGACCCUCGUUUAAAUCAGUGCCUGGUUGCUAAGGUCAUUUGGACCUUAGCAACCAAAGAGCUGCUGAAAUUCCAAACUGGAGAGCUCCUGAAUAUAAUGCUAAGUAACAUAAAAACGGCAACCAAUUGCAAAUGCUAAAAGUUAAUUUAUGGGUUAACAACCCAUAACGGAUUGGGCAGCGUGUAUCUGAUUGUCUGACGCCUAGCGAGAGAUACAAGCUGCCUUUUUUUUAUUGUUGACUUUUUAGACUAUGAUGCAGGUCAUCCUGUUUCUGUGCCAGAGAAUGUACUAAUCCUAGCAACUUUGCAAUUGGUCUUCGUCUACAUCUUUCCAGCUUUCACACAGGGGUCACUGACCCCCCAGCAACCCAAAAACUGGCUACAAUUUUAUUUUUAUUGUUACUUUUUAUUAUCUUUCUGUUUAGUCCCUCUUCUAUUCAUUUUUCAGUCUCUAAUUCACACCACUGCCUGGUUGCUAAGGUAAGCAAGACCCUAGCAACCAGAUAGCUGCUGAACGAAAAGUUGGAAAACUCUAAAAAAUGAAUACCAAUUGAAAAUAUCAUAUUAAAAGGUAAUUUCAAGGUGAACUACCCCUUUAAAUGAGAAAUCCUGAAUUUCCAGCAUUCAGCAGCUGGGUCAAAAAUAUGUAAGUGAUGUGUUAGGGCUGGAAUAGGUACCGAGCUGAUGUUAUGUGGAUACCGCUGCUUUACUAGUUGUCACAUACAACAGCUCUAUGGUAUAAAUGUUAUUGCCCACAGAACAGGCAGCUGGGCUCAGCCUCCAGGUGCCUCGGUUGAAGCCUAAAGACUACGGAAGCCCAGCAGGGUCAGGAACUGUUCUCUUGUACUAAGCUGGAUAUACACUGAGAGAUCGACUAGUUGGUGAGUUAACCCUUCCUGUUUUGUAGUCUGUCUAUAGCAGGGACUGUUGGGGGUCCAUGCAUUAACUCCGGUCUCCAUCAUCUUCCUCCUAAUAAUAAGGGGCGUAAGUCCGUUUAUGUGUCUCAAAACUAAUUCCCCCAACUUCAUUGGGGCCCCCCUAAGGAAAAGGUUAUGUUGAAGGGUAACCCCUGCUUAUAAAUACAAUACAUGCAACGUUAUUCAGGUUUUCUAACCUCAAACCACUUCCUCAAAGACAAAUUGUUGCCAUUCAUCCCAGACAGGGGGGACGUAGAUGUAUAUUUCAUGUCUUUUCUUAUUUACUUAGUGUUUUAUAGAUCUUGCUUAUUGUGCAUUAGUUUGUAGAAUUUGUACAUCUCCCUAUUCAGCUCAUCAGUUCUAUGGGGGCCUUUCCUCAUACCCCCUAGUUAUUCCUCUCAUCGAUCUUUCCCUUGGCGAUUGCUCCUCGGUAUGAAAGGUAAACCGCAAACUCUGCAUUACCCUCAGCGUUGCGCUACUUACCCUUUAAUCCCUGGCAGGAGAAGAUCCAAUCCAGGGCCUCCUCUGGUGUGAUAUGAUAGCACCUUCUUUCCAGUGAUUCAGCCAAGCGAUGAUAAGGCCUCACUGGUGGCUACUAUUGGAGUAGCCAUUGCCUGAGUGGCCAAUAAGGAGGGUUUGACAGCCUUACAGUGAUUGGUUGUAAACAUAUCGGGACUGCAAUGGAGAUAAACCCACCCGCUGUAGUAGUGAUGGGGCAGUUAUAGGGUUAGUGCCCAUGUUAUGGGGGUAUUGAGCCCCCUCCAAAGCAAAGCCCCGCCCCCCCAUACUGCAUGUAGACUCCACAGCACUUUGCAUUGACUCUAUAGAGGCUUUGGGGCUUCACAUUGGGGCAUCUCCAAUCAACUUGGCGGAGCUGCCCCCGUAGCGUUUGUACAGCCAUCUUUGCAUCUCCUUGACCUGCAGAGAUUUUCUAUAUUGAUAUGGACCUUCAGCACCAGCAUAUUGUUAUCCACCAAACUGUCUCGGUAAUAAAGCACUUAACUUUAUAGGGCACUUUUCUGACUGAAGCAGCUGCAGCCUUUCUAUGUGGAACAUUUGUUUGUUUUUAUUUGAGCUUAUAUUUUUGGCUUAAGCUGUGUUUGUAUUCAACGCCGAUGGCUUUAUGUGCAUUUUAGCCUUUUAUAAAAAUUUCUGUCUUA